AUGGGAGUCACUAGUCUGUGGCAGAUCCUGGAACCGAUAAAACAACAUGUCCCCCUCAGCCACCUUAAAGGCAAGACAUUGGCUGUUGAUUUAAGCCUCUGGGUGUGUGAAGCACAGAGCGUUAAAAAGAUGGCCGGUGUAGUCACAAAGCCUCACCUCAGAAAUCUUUUUUUCCGAGUCUCUUCUUUAACGCUAAUGGGGAUCCGUCUGGUAUUUGUGAUGGAGGGAGAUGCUCCAAAGCUGAAAGCAGAUACAAUGAGUAAACGGUCAGAGAUUCGUUUUGGGCACUCCAUCAAACCUGGGGCUGCAAGAACAGGGAGAUCUCAUUUCAGAUCUUUCUUGAAAGAGUGCCUGGAAAUGCUGGAGUGUUUAGGAAUCCCUUGGGUCCAAGCCGCUGGUGAAGCGGAGGCCAUGUGUGCCUAUUUGAAUGCACAGGGCUAUGUGGAUGGCUGCAUCACAAAUGAUGGAGAUGCUUUCCUUUAUGGUGCUCAAACAGUCUACCGGAAUUUUACCAUGAACAUAAAGGAUCCACAUGUUGACUGCUAUUCAAUAUUCUCUAUUGAGAAGAUGCUAGGGUGCAACAGAGAGUGUCUGAUUGGAUUAGCAAUUCUGCUUGGCUGUGAUUAUCUUCCUAAGGGAGUUCCUGGAGUUGGAAAAGAACAGGCUUUAAAACUGAUUCGAACUUUGGGAGGUCAGAGUUUGCUGCAGAGAUUUGAGCAGUGGAAAGACCCCUUCCAGUAUGGUGAUAUCCCCGCUAUACAACUUAAGAAGGUGGUUCACUGCACUGUAUGCUGUCAUCCAGGUUAUUUUAAAGAACACGAGCGUGUUGGGUGUCAGCUUUGUGAAAGCGUGGAGUUCUGCAAACCCCACGAGGCAACGUAUCUCUGUCCUUGUGACUGGCAUUUCUCAGAGAGAGAUCGACAAGUGAGGAUGGUGGAGGACAGCAUUAGAAAAAAGGCUAAAGCAUGUGAAGGCUUUCCAUUUCCUGAGGUUAUCCAAGAGUAUCUCGUCAGCAAAGACAAGCUGAUGAAGCCAUAUAAGUGCCAAAGGCCAAAUUUGUUAUCCUUUCAGAAGUUUGCGUCCGAGAAAAUGGACUGGCCCAGGCACUACGCUUGUGAGAAACUGUGUGCACUUCUGACAUACUAUGACAUGAACAGAAGGAAGGCUGGCCACACUGAUCCAUGGCAGCUGCAGGCACUUCGGAUAGUCAAGACACGAACAAAAAAUGGGAUUCCUUGUUUUGAAAUCGAGUGGCAAAAGCCAGAGCAUUUUGCUACAGCAGACGAUCAGUCGGUGGAGCCUUUUUUAAUAACAACGGAAGAGUCAUCAUUAUUUCAGGCUGCUUACCCAGAAAUCAUUGCCCUGUAUCAAAUGGAGAAGUUGGAAAUUUGCAAAGAGAAAAAGAAAGGCAAAAAGGCAAAACUUAAAAAGAAAGAAGACUUAGCAGCCAACGGCGAAGUUGCAGAUCUUCUCUCUCGGCUGAACUUGCAGUCGUCAUGUGAGAUCUUUCCCGAUCGUAAUCCCAAGUAUGAUUUCAAAUCUGAUUGUCAAGUAUUGCCAACCCCCAACUGUAAAUCUCAGGUCCCGUUCGUAUCUGUAAGUUUUUCUGCCGAAGUCUUAUCGAGUCAGAAUUCACCUUCUCCCUUGCUUGCAAGUCCUCCACAAAAUGCACGGGAUGAAUGCAACUUUGGUGGCUAUCUGAGCUCACAAAUAGAAUUUAUUGACUCCUCCAUGGACUCUUGUGCUUCCUCUGCAAUUACUAAUCUGCCGCUAGGUGACAUUGAUUGGGAAGGCACAUCCUUUAGCAUUUCUCCGGCUCCAGUUAAUAAUUCUUGUUCAGAAUCUGAGUGGCGUACACAUAGUAAUUCCACAGGACACCGUGGUCCACGGCACUGCAAAACAACAGACAUUAUCCCGCUGUUUUCUAAUUCUGUACAAUGUAAUCAAGAUCCACCCAGGAGUGUGGAGUGCUCUGUUUCAGGCAGCAGCAACCUUCCCGAAGGACAAAACUGUUCAUCAUCAAAAGGUCAAGUAAUUCUAAAGCUUUCUGCUUUGGAAAGUUUUUCCAGGGAUCCAGAAGUUUCUCUGCUCGGCCCUCUGCAAAUGACAGAACAAACAAAAGGAACUUCAAGCCCUGAGGGUGAAUUUUCAAAUGUUUUAGCUCAGCAAAAUGACAGCCUUCAAAGAACUGAAAUUGUGCUACCUAAAAAAUAUCCCAGGGAAUUCAGCUUAGAAAACAAUAUAAAGCUGCCCAAACAAUCCGAAUAUGUGUCACAAAAACCCACCAGUUCAAGCAUGUCCAGGUCUGUGAGUCUGUGCAUUGAAACUGUAGAACCGACUCACUCUGGAAAUGAGCCAGUGAUGAUGUUUCCUGAGCCAACAAAGGAUCUAGACAACUGCCAGAUGAGAGAAGACUUUGCACAGAUGAGUGUGAAAAACUCACUUAAGAGCGUGUGUCAAAGUGGGUAUUCUUCCAGUGAAGAGAGUGAUGGAGGAAAUGUGGAAGUUAGGAGGAAGGCUCCCGGGGGUCCCCAGUGGCAAAAGAAGCGUAGCCUGGUUCAACUGAAGGAUAACUGCCGUGUGAAAAGGAGUGACAGUAAAUCAGAGCUUGAAAUUAAGCUAAAAGGGAAGGUCUCGGGUGCAGAUUUAUUAGCGGAAGAGCAUCCAAAACCUGCCUCUGUUGCGCACGUUCACAGUUCUCCGAGCCCCAUCAACGUAGCAUGUUCUUAUCUCCAAGACAGUGGAAGUGAGGCUGAUGUGUGGGCCGACAGCCCUCUGCCACUGUCGGAAAGGUUGAAGCUAAGGCUGUAGAGCCAUUAAAACUACUCUUCCUUUCAUUAUGACGGACAUUUCUCGAGUUGCUGUCUCCUCCCAGUUCAUAGGUGGAAGUUCCAAAGAGAGCUUAAGAAAAGGACAGCGUGAACAGCUUGGAAGUCUGGGAUGGAAAUGUUGU